AUGAAGGCGAGCAGUGGACAGUUCAAGAUACAAGUCUAUAAAAGAGCUGCGCUGGUGGACAUUGGUGAAGCCAUGAAGCAGAUGGCUGAUAUUAAAGAUGCCCUUGAUAUCAAUGUGAAACAGAACUUCAUUGACCCACUUCAGACUCUACAAGACAAAGACCUCAAAGAGAUUGUGCAUCAUCUGAAGAAACUGGAGGGUCGACGGUUAGACUUUGACUACAAGAAGAAACGUCAAGGCAAGAUUCCUGAUGAGGAGAUCAAACAGGCUGUGGAGAAGUUUGAGGAAUCCAAAGAACUCGCUGAGAGGAGCAUGUUUAACUUUUUGGAGAAUGAUGUAAGGAAAAUUACUAAUGAGAACCUUUAA